AUGGAUACCAAGAAACCCGCCGCAAGCCUCAUCGAGACGUAUCAAAAACAAGUCCUCGACGGCAUUACCGUGGUCAAUGAGAAACUCUUUUCAUUGACGUACCCCCGCAGGAAGAAGUACCUCUCGAAACUUCUACCAGCCUUACAUUCACAAAUUAAAGAGGUUGAUUCUUAUAUCGAGAAACUCAGUGCGAAAAAUCGAGCUGAAGAACUUGCGUACCUAGCUUCCAACAAUCUUUCUCUCGAUCCUAUUGAUAUCACGAGUACUAAUACUGCUUUUAGAUCUAUGCGCGUUGUCCAACAGGAUUUGCUGCGUACGAUUCUUUUUGUCCAUAAUUUACUCGACGAAUACAAUCAACAAAGGGUUCUCGUAAGAUUCCGCGAGCAAUCUACCACGACGCAAAUCCCUACGAUUUCAUCUCCAACCGUCGACUCCGAAGUGCUUGAUACCCGUAAUCAACUCUCAACAGUACUCAAACCCGACGAGCCUCCCUUUUUGCUACCAACUAUGGAAGGCCUCGAACCUGAAACAAAAGCGAAAGCAUCUUCUAAAAAAGGCAUUCUUCGUCAACCUCGAGAGAAGUUUCCAGAGCGUGGCGUACCAGUUCACAAGGAAGGAGAUAAAGCAAAGGCCGUAACGGAUGAUUUGGGUCAAGACAAAAAUUGA